AUGGGGCCAAGGCGGUCACUUUCGGCUCUGAAACGUGCCCAGUCUAGAUCACCGUACACAACCAGCCUGUGCUUAAAAUAUCUAAAGCUGCUGGAGGACUUUGCAGAGGUCAGGUUCCAUUUUGGAGAGGUCAAGUACACUUUUGGGCUCUUGAAGAAUAGACAUGAAUAUGAUACGAAAAUUGGAAACAUUAUGGUGGAUUGCGCAGACAAGCGGCAGAUGAAGUUUAAUGCAGAGAAGUUAACAGCUUCCCAUUCAUGUUCCCUUCCAGUUCCAGAAGCUCUCACCCGGGACCCAGAGACAGCAAACAAUCAACUCAGCAUUUCCCAGGAUCUGACUAGUGUGAGGUUUGGAGACGAGGAACAAGAUCUUCCAGAUCAGCCACAGAGAUUUGAACGCCUCUUGUGCAUUUUGAGCUCACAGAGUUUCUCAUCAGAGAGACAGUACUGGGAGGUGGAUCUUGGAAAGAAGCCUUUAUGGGUUGUGAGUGUCUGCAGAGAGUCUAUCAGCAGGAAAGGAAGUAUCCAACCUUCACCUGAUAAUGGAUUCCGGGUCAUCGCCCGACUUCCUGACUGCAAAUCAUUGAAAAUCCCAGAUGUCAUCUCCCAGUUGAAAGUGAAACCCCGGAAGUUGGGAGUUUACCUGGACUAUGAGGGAGGACAAGUGUCAUUUUACGAUGUUGAGGACAUGUCUCACCUGCACACAUUCACUGACACGUUCACUGAGAAACUCUAUCCCAUCUUUAAUCCUUGUAAGACUGACACUGCUGAUGACACUGAUCCACUCAGAUUGCUCACUAGUUAA